AUGGCCGCCCUCUCGCACCCCCUCACGACUGUCGCCGAGAACCCGCCUCCGCAAGACAAGACGGAGCCGCUGCCCGGCCGCAAGCACAGCCUGCCGACGCCUCGCUCCUCCAUCUCUGACCGCUCGGCAGACCAGCCGCGUCACGGGAGCACCUCGUCCACCGGCUCUGCCUCGACCAAGUCGCAGCGUUCCUCAAACAGCCUCUUCAACCGCGCCCUGGACAGGACGCAGAGCGCCAUCGCCAGCCUUUCCGAUCCCGUCAUCCGGCCCCGCCAGUCCACCUCUGCGCUGGCCCGUCUGUCCCUUGCUCCCGCAACGCCGCCAAGCUCGGAGCCUCCGAGCCCCGAGAAGACGACAAUCUUCAAAGUCUCGUCAACCCCCUCCAACGAGCCUGGCUCGAGGGCCGACGCCAGGCAGCCCGUCGACUCUGCCCUGGCCAAGGACUCGCCAGCCCGACCCCCCGCAGAGCCCCAAGCUCGCCCCCCCGCCCCAACCAGGCUUCCCGUCUCCGACAGCAAGAUGCAUCAGACAUCGUCGCGUCUGCUGCGCAUGACAGACGAUGAUCGGCCAUUCACCAGGGACUUCAAGGACCUCUUCGCCACCUUGGUUGUUAGUCUCUUGCCGCUCUCGGCUCAUAGAGUCCGGUUAUCCAAAGUCGAGUACACCUUUCUCUCCGAGGAUGCUAUCAACAAUCUCGGGUCCCUCAAGUUCUCCCAGUCCAACCGCAUGCCGGAUCCAAAGGACUCCUCGCGGAUCGUGACAACCACCACGACCACGACCUUUUCCAUGGCCAAGGACAUGGCCAGGUCCAUUUGCCAGCGUUUCGUCGAGGCUCGCUUCGUUGAAUCCGCCGAUGGAAAGUACCAGCAAGUGUACAAUAUGAAGGGUUCCGUGUGGCAACUUACUCCCAAAGGAGUCACCGUGCUUGAUAGGUUCUGUGCACGGAAUGGCAUCCAACAGAAGCAAGUUGCCGAGCUGUCGAGCAUGAAUGCGGCCCAGCUCGUCAUCCUGGAGCGGGACCAGCUUUCGGACAAGCUCCUCAAUGACCUGGGUACCAUCGAGGUCAUCUUCCGCAGGUUCGUUGGCACCGAGACCCGCAACGUCAAGCCAACGGCCACGGCGGCCGACUCGGACUCGUUGCAUGAUUACAAGGACGGUCUCACUGGUGUCAAGAUGGCUGCGGAGCGCAAGAUCAACGGCAGGAUAUAUCGCGACACCUUUACCGGCAGAGCGGCGACGGAUUGGCUCAUGGACUGUUCCACCAUUGUCGACAGGCGCGAGACCGUCGAGAUUGCGACUCUGUUCGUCGAGUAUGGCCUUGUCGAGGCCGUGACUCCAGACAGGGCCUUCAUGGCCCAAAACACGGGCUACAACAUUUUCCAGCCGACCAAGCAUGCCAUCUACCAGCUCAGCCAGCGAGGCAAGGACCUCAUCAACGGCAACGGCUCGAGGGGUCGGGCGUCGGAGAGCGAAGGCGGCACAGGAUCGCAACGAAAUGGCAUCUCUCGCGACUCCAACACACAACGACUGGAAAAGAUUCUCACCGACCCUGCCCUCCGCCUCCUAUUCCGAGAGAACCUCCGGGAAACGCAUUGCGAGGAAAACCUGUCCUUUUACCAGGAUGUGGCCGAGUUUGUCCGCGGCUGCAAGACGGCCAUUCGACAAGCCCAGAAGUCGCCGACAGCCACAUCGAUGGACACCAUCAAGGAGAUAAUGGCUCAGGCCUACGGGAUAUACAACGCCUUUCUGGCUCCCGGCUCUCCCUGCGAGCUCAACAUUGACCACCAACUGCGCAACAACCUGGCCACCCGGAUGACCAAGGCAGUGGGCCAGGACAAUUCGAUGAUUGAGACUUUGCAGGAGGUUGCGGCUCUUUUUGAGGAUGCCCAGAACGCGGUAUUUAAGCUGAUGGCCAGCGACUCGGUACCCAAGUUUCUCCGAAACGCCAAGUAUGAGCAGCAGCUUCGGAAUCACGAUCUCGACAUCAACGGGCGCGUUCCUGAGCGAAGCCAAAGCCGCUCGAACCGCAAGUAA